AUGGCCAACAUCGAAUCUGCCAUCGCCCCCGACCUGCGAACAGACAGGAUCGUUCCGGGGAACCUGCCAUCCGACUUCACGCCUCCGUUUGAGGUCUACACAUCUCGCUACCCUCCUUCGAUGAAAGAGCUCGUCUUUGCCAUCAUUGGCGUCCAAUACUCGUCUCCCUCUCUGAAUGACGGUGCCGCCAUGGAGAAGAUCAUCUCCUUCACCAGCUCGACUGCCGUUCCCGCCGAGCUCCGACCCACGCUGAAGGAGAUAGCCGCAGUGACGGAUAAUCGAGGCUACUACAACAUUGCUACCCUGGCGUAUUGGCCGGACCGGAAGACGUGGGACCGGUGGUCUGAAGAAACCGGCUUCAAGGGAUGGUGGUCAGGGCUAGACCCGACAACGCAGCCGAACGGCUGGUUCCUAGAGGUCUUCUUCCCGACCAUGGAACGUUACGAGACCAUCCUUACCGACACCGUCAUGCACGAGGGUGCGUCCUACAUGCGCAACGGCGUCAGCGGCCCCAUCCUGGAGCAUGGUUAUUGGGGGAGUAUGCGUGAUCGUCUCCCGGCCGCACAGGUGGACGAGCUCGAUGGCGAGAAGGCCUUCCUGCAAGCCGGGGGCCCGAAACGUCCAGAGACUCUCACGUCCAGGAUCCGCGUACCCGGCAAGAGAAACCUCGCCGUCAUCCGCUCAGGCCAGGACUGGAAGGACACCCUCCCCAAAGAGCGUGAACUGUACCUCGGCAAGAUGCAUCCCGCCUUGCAGGCAGGUAUGGACUUCCUACACGAUCACGGAGACGAAGUCGGGUGCUACAGCAACAGGUUCAUGGAUAUCGUCGGCCCCAUGGGUGAGACCGGGACAGAUCGCAGCUUUGGCCUGGGCUACUUUGAUUGUCUGGCUUCUCUGGAGGCGUGGAGCAAGUCUCAUAGUACGCAUGUCAACAUAUUUGCGGUUUUCAUGGCGUACGUGAAGGAGAUGGAUAACAACCUCAGCCUGCGCCUCUACCAUGAGGUAUCGGUCCUCGAGCCAAGCCAGCAGCUCUUCGAGUACGUCUCCUGUCAUUCAAACACUGGCAUGCUUUCGUCCAUUCGCGACGACAUCUAG